AUGGCUUUCAACCCCAGUACAAUUGAGCUCAAGGAUGACACCCUCAUCGUUGUGCUCGGUGCCUCCGGUGAUCUCGCCAAGAAGAAGACUUUCCCUGCUCUGUUUGGCCUCUUCCGCAACAAGUUCCUCCCUAAGGAUAUUAAGAUUGUCGGAUAUGCGCGGACAAAGAUGGACCACGAGGAAUACUUGAAGCGCGUGCGCUCGUACAUCAAGGUUCCGACCAAGGAGAUCGAGGAGCAAUUAGACCAAUUCUGCAAGCUUUGCACCUACGUCUCCGGACAAUACGACCAGGACGACUCGUUCAUCAACCUCAAUAAGCACCUCGAGGAGGUCGAGAAGAACCGCCAAGGAAAGGAGCAGAACCGCGUGUUCUACAUGGCCCUGCCCCCCAGUGUUUUCAUCACUGUCUCAGAGCAAUUGAAGCGCAACUGCUACCCCAAGAACGGUCUUGCUCGGAUCAUUGUCGAGAAACCCUUCGGCAAAGACCUUCAGAGCUCGCGCGACCUCCAAAAGGCUUUGGAGCCCAACUGGAAAGAGGAGGAGAUCUUCCGUAUCGACCACUACCUGGGUAAAGAGAUGGUUAAGAACAUUCUCAUCCUCCGUUUUGGAAAUGAGUUCUUCAAUGCUACCUGGAACCGCCACCACAUCGAUAAUGUUCAGAUCACAUUCAAGGAGCCUUUCGGCACUGAGGGCCGUGGAGGCUACUUCGACGAAUUUGGCAUCAUCCGUGAUGUCAUGCAGAACCACCUUCUGCAGGUACUGACUUUGCUCGCCAUGGAGCGCCCCAUCUCCUUCUCCGCCGAGGAUAUCCGUGACGAAAAGGUCCGUGUUCUGCGCGCCAUGGAUGCUAUUGAACCCAAGAACGUCAUUAUUGGCCAAUACGGCCGCUCCCUGGAUGGCAGCAAACCCGGGUAUCUCGAGGACGACACCGUGCCUAAGGAUUCUCGAUGCCCUACCUUCUGUGCCCUUGUUGCCUACAUUAAGAACGAGCGCUGGGACGGGGUGCCCUUCAUCCUGAAGGCUGGCAAAGCCCUUAACGAACAGAAGACCGAGGUCCGCAUUCAAUUCAAGGACGUCACAUCCGGUAUCUUCAAGGAUAUUCCCCGUAACGAGCUUGUCAUCCGUGUCCAGCCCAACGAGUCCGUUUACAUCAAGAUGAACUCCAAGCUGCCCGGUCUAUCCAUGCAGACCGUGGUGACCGAGCUGGACUUGACUUAUCGCCGCCGCUUCUCCGACCUCAAAAUCCCCGAGGCGUACGAGUCUCUCAUUCUGGACGCCUUCAAGGGUGACCACUCCAACUUCGUCCGUGACGACGAGCUGGAUGCCAGCUGGCGCAUGUUCACCCCUCUUCUGCACUACCUGGAUGACAACAAGGAGAUCAUCCCCAUGGAAUACCCAUACGGCUCCCGCGGCCCUGCUGUUCUGGAUGACUUCACUGCUUCUUACGGCUACAAGUUCAGCGAUGCUGCUGGUUACCAGUGGCCCGUGACCAGCAUGGCCCCUAACCGCCUGUAA